GGGAGGGUAGGCGGCAGUUACAAACGCUCCUCUUAACUCCCUGACAGCCUCUGGCACUACUGAGAAAAAAAUCUCCAACCGUACAAGAGGAACUUGUUCAGCAGUGGACCUUUAUCAUGUUGAACUGACCAGUGUCUUUUAUCCUUCUGGAUUACCCUACAUAGCAACUUCUAAUAGAACGAGGAGUAAUCUUUCCCAUAAGGUACUUGAGGAAGCCACUAUGAUCAGCUUCGAGCGCCCUCCUCCAUUAGCGCUGAUGCAUCCUGGGAGAGAACCUCCCUCUGUGGCCAUCAUGCCUCUGAGAAACACCCACCACCAACAACUGCAUCACAGGAGGAGAACCAAGAGGAUGGAGAGGGGGAAACCUGGAUCACGCUCCAAGAAACUAGCCAUACUGUCCAGAUCUCUCAUCAUCUGUAGCUCCAGCACCAAUGAAGAGCCAUCGAGCCCAGAAGAGAGGAACUGCGAGGCCUGGGAUGAGGGAUGCUACAAAGACCCGCUGGAAGGGUCAAAUUCGGAAAAGUAUAUCACGAGGAGCAUCAGCUUGCAGACCUCCGCGCAAGAGCCUCAGAGGGGCCAAGAGGGCCCCAAGAGAGCCAUGAGGAGGUCCUUCUCCAUUAAGGAAAGCAGUUUCUGGAGAAUGUGUGUUGCCGCUGGGGAGGAGGGGCUACAUGUGGGCGAUAACAAACUUCUGUCCAAUGACAAUGGCGGCACUGUUGGUCAAGAUCUGCACAGGGACACUUAUAUCUACUUUGGAGACAGACUUACUCCAUUUAACGGACAGAUUGUAAACGAUCAAACUAAACUGGAGCCUGAUCCAGAGAAAAAGAGAACCACCAGUACUGAAGAUUUCUUUCCAUGUGAGAGCAGAACUCUGUUUACAAAGGUGAAUGAAUCAGACAGGCUUGGCUACAGUUAUGGAGAAAAGGAGUCGAUCGGAAACAAUAAUAACCUAAAGAUGCCAUUAAUUAGGGUUUCAGAAGAUAACAACAAGAACUGUGAAGAUGAGAGCGAUGAUCUGAACUGUCAAGAGACGUCCUGCAAGCGAUCUCGUUCCAACUCCACCAGCGUUCACCCAUACUGGAUCGGAGACUUGGACAGCAUCAUUAUGAAGACGCCAGAGCUGUUCCCGUGUCAUACGCACUCUACCGCAGGCUUUUACGGCAACCGGAAGUCUCUCUCUCAACAGCUGGAGUUUCCUCAUAGCAUUCCACAGGCAGUGGUCAGACCAUCUCGCUCUCUCAGUUCUGCACAUUUGGUCCACUCAUGCAGCAGCGUACAAGCUUUUAUUAUUUCCAACAUCGUCCUAAUGAAGGGCCACGGCAAGGGCUUGGGAUUCAGUAUAGUUGGAGGCAGAGACAGCAUGUAUGGACCGAUGGGGAUUUACGUGAAAACCAUCUUUCCAGGGGGAGCCGCGGCCGCUGAUGGAAGGCUACAGGAAGGAGAUGAAAUACUGGAACUGAAUGGCGAAUCUCUGCACGGUUUGACCCAUGAAGAUGCAUUACAGAAGUUUAAACAAGUGAAGAAGGGUUUGUUAACGCUGGUGGUGAGGACCAGUCUGCGGGUGGGAGCUCUGCCGGCCAGUCACGGGCAGGUGUCUCAGCUGUGUCGAUCCAGAUCUCUGAGCUCCAGCACGGGUAUAAGCCGAGCCAGCGCUGACCUGGGAGAAUAUAACUGCCUCAGUAACCCCGCCAAGCCCCAGGACAGGGUCAUGAUGGAAAUCACCCUCCAGAAAGAGUUUGGUGUAGGUUUAGGUAUCGGGCUAUGCUGUGUACCUUCAGCUGGGUGCUGUCCGGGAAUCUACAUUCAUACGCUGUCACCAGGAUCAGUGGCCCACAUGGAUGGACGUUUAAGAUGUGGCGAUGAGAUCAUGGAGAUUAAUGAUACGGUGGUUUGUAGCAUGACACUAAAUGAUGUGUACACAGUUCUGAGUCAGUGCAGCCCUGGCCCGGUCCAAAUCAUCAUCAGUCGACACCCCGACCCAAAAGUUUCUGAGCAGCAGUUAAAUGAGGCCAUCGCUCAGGCGGUGGAACACAGUAAACUCAGGAGAGACAGAAGUCAGUGGAGUAUGGAUGGAUUUCACAGCAGUCUGAGGAGAUCAGAAGGUUGUUCCCACAGCAGACAAAAGUGCGUCCGAUGUUUAGACCGGAGCUCAAACCAGUUAAACUGUAGACGGGCACAGAAGCCCAUGAUCCGGUCCUGCAGUGAAGGUGCCUACAGUCAUCGCUGUAUCCCUGAGAGUGUCAGCACUCAUUCCUUCCUACAACCUGAGCACGUCACCAGAGUGCAGAGCAUGGACGUCUCCUUAACCACCAACAGUGACAUUUCUCUCAAUAACAGACUGUCUCCAUUUACCGACGAUGAUUAUAACAUUCCUUAUAAAUGUCCAGUGAAUUUCAUUGGACAACAACCAAGAGGUGUGGUGAGAACCUCAACGCCAGGACCAGCAAACCAGACACAAAGAUGCUGCAGACGACAAGACGUUACCAGUCAGGAAGAACUGACUGAUUCAAGUUGCUCCAGUCAAGGUUCUCCGGUGAGAGAGAAGGAUCUACUGGCUUCUCAAAGCAACUGCCAGGAAGUGGUUGAACGCUCAGAAGUCGGAAGUAAAGCGUCUGCAUGUAUCUCUGAAACUAAACCUGCAGUGGCAAGUGACACAACACACAGAGAGGGCAGAGAACACAGAGGUCCAAAAAGCCCUUCACCCGUGUGUAGUCCGAGCAGACGGGUCGGUUUAAGACGGCAGGCUUGUGUGGAGGUCAGUACAGAUCAACAACUUGAUCCCUGGGUCAAGAUCACAGAUAGUCCGGAGAACCAGUCCUACUGUUCCAAAACCAUGAGUGACCUUAAUGGGGAUAAUGAGGUUAAUGGCACACCUUCAGAAUGCACCAACGUCACCUCGGACUCCUCUUCUGAACAGACACCCAAUGUUAAAAAAGGCCCCCCGGUGGCUCCGAAGUCUGCGUGGGUACGACAGAGCCUGAAGAACAUUAAGUCUGGAAAACCAGUUAAAGAGGCUUUGAAACAACCGGACCAUCGGAGCCAGGACACCGGCAGAACCUUUGGGAGUGGUCUGAGGAGUGCUUCAUCAGGAGGCAAUUUGUCAAUUAGGCAGAAGAUCAGUUCGUUUGAGACUUUCUCAAAUGCAGAAGCAGCAGAAAGGCCAAGCAGGCGAGUGGCCGCGGCAACAUGCCCUCCUCUAAUAGAGAAGACAGCUAAAACACAGACAGCAGACUAUAGCAAUGCAGGGAGAACCAAGGUUGUCACAAGUAACUUAGAAAGUAAUGAUAACUGCCAGUCUCUACCAACAAUUUCUGCUUCCAUACAGCCUGCAGGGGAAGAAAAGCAAUCAGCUUCCCUUAGUUCAAAUAUUGCUUCAGACCACCAUUCUCUAGAGGAAGAAAAGCAACCAGCUUCCUUUAGUUCAAAUAUCGCUUCAGACCCCCAUUCUCUAGAGGAAGAAAAGCAAUCGGCUUCCCUUAGUUCAAAUAUCACUUCAGACCUCCAUUCUCUAGAGGAAGAAAACCAAUCUACUUCUCUUGAUUCAAAUAUCACUUCAGAGUCCUGUGAGCCAAUACUCAUUGAGGAACCCACAAGCAUCCUGAAAGAGCUUCCACCAGUUGCCGAGACCGAGCAAGAACCUGCACCUUCUCAAGAACCUUCUCCCCCUAUAAGCCACGUCCCACGGAGAUCAAGCAGCUCAAAAGAAGGUACUUCAGAAAAGCCAUAUUCAUCCGAAGGUGUUGGCACUCACACCGUAAGCUUGAGAACCAAGAGUCUACCCCUCAGUCCCUCAGAUGCCCCCAGUCAAUGUGGCCUGGAAGGGGAAAGUCUGGGGAUCAUCUUGUCUUUCAGCAACCAGGUGUCCAAUGCUUUGAUGCGGUCCAUGCAGUCACUGCCUCAAUCUCCUUGUGUCAGAUUUGGUAACCCCUGGGGUGCCCCACCAGGAUCCCCUCUUCAUAAUCCUGUAGAGCAAGACUCGUCAACCGAAAAGCCCCCACCGACCCUAGAGACCAAUGAGAGGGGGUUCUCUGUAAGCCUGGCCGAACUGAGAGAGCGCACUAUUGAGAGAGGGGAAGACUGUGAGAAGGUAGAAGAGACACCCGAACGCCCCCUAAACUCAGCUUCGGCAGUCUGUGCCCAAUCCAUGAUCUCAGCCCUUCCGCCGGAGGAGAUCCAGCAGAUGAUUCAGGAAGUCAAGGAUCUGGACGAAGACACGCUAAGGCAACUGGAAGACAUCCACGUUGUGAUUCUCCAUAAAGAGGAAGGAGCUGGCUUGGGUUUCAGCAUCGCUGGAGGUAUCGAUCUAGAGAACAAAGCGACUACAGUCCACAGGGUUUUUCCCAGUGGCCUGGCCGCUCAGGAGGGCACCAUAGAGCGAGGUGACGAAGUUUUGUCCAUCAAUGGGCAAACACUGAAAAACAUCACGCACAGCGAUGCCACGACGAUACUCAGGCAAGCUCGCAACAUGAAGCAGGCGGUGGUGGUGGUGUGCAAGAAUAAAGAUGCGGAGGGCAAAGAUGCUAACGCUAAUGAGUUUAGCUGCAGCAGUGGGGCAGACAACAGCUUCACAGGAGAUGACGUAGGUGAAGUUGUAACUCUCGAGUUGGAGAAGAAUGCAGGUGGGAUCGGAUUUAGUCUUGAGGGUGGAAAAGGCUCCAUAAACGGAGAUAGACCACUGACUGUCAACAGAAUAUUUACAGGGACUGAUGCCGAGCAAAAGGGCCUGAACUCAGGCGAUGAGGUGUUGCAGAUUCAGGACUCAUCUUUGCAAGGUCUCACGCGAUUCGAAGCCUGGACGAUCAUCAAAGGUCUCAGUGACGGACCGUUUACACUCGUCAUUAGGAGAAAAAAAUGUGAGCAGGACUAAACUUGCUGUUUAAUGUGAAAUCAACUUGAUUUUCGCACCAUUUCGGGCCUUACGGAAGAUGCCUUUACUAUUUUGACACGAAAACGUCAAAAUAGAACGGUAUAUUAAAAAAUAAUAAUUAAAGAAAUAGUUCACCCUAAAAUUUAGUAUAAUGUAUAGUUUUGAAUAUACUUCUUGUGUCUGCCAAAUGCGUAAAUGUAAUGAAAGUAUCAUAAAAGUGGUCCAAAAUAUAUUGCAGUAUACAUAUUCAUUCAAAUAUUUCCAUAAAAGUUAUACAGGUUUGGGAUGAUAUAAUGGUAUUGUUAUUUUAGGAUGAACUAUUUCUUUAAAAUUCUUUUCUCAUUCAGUUGUCCUAGGAUCUGUUUGCUUUGUUUUGCCAUUAAUACAUAUUGACAGCUGUGUGACAUCUGUGCAUGAUGUGCAACCAGUCAUGCUGGUAUUGUACAGUUUCACAUGAUCAGGGAUUAAAAUAAGAACACGAUUAUUUUCGUCUACCUGUUUUGAAGCUAAGAUUUGCACAACCCUGUAUAUAAAUGUUUAUUUCAGAUCUAUUUGUACACCGUUUUACCAAAGCAAAGUGUAAAGAACACGCAUUGCCUUGCAUCGGGUGUUUAUGGAAAAGAGAAGAUUAUUCAGGAUUAAAAUAUUUCAAAGUUAUUUUUUUGCUUGUUUGGAAAUGCUCCUCAUAUAAAAUGUAUCAUUAAAGACAAAAUGAUUAUUCUUUAUAACAUUCGCCACCCAGAAAGCCAACGACUCUGGGCCGGGUCCGCACCGGAGCUGCUGACUUCGGUGGGAAUCUGGCUUGGAGUCGUCUGCUUGAUUUCAAAAAUAUCUUCAAAAAUAACAAGCAUUCACCCUGUGACAGUUAAGUAAACUAACUAGUGCGCCAAUCACUGCUAGUUUUCUGGUGAUGUUAUUUAUUAACCCCUUUCACACACGCAGCUAUAUAUUUUCACCACAAAACGCAAACAAAUUUUUUUUAAUAAUAAAAAAUCAAAUGCUUUGGUUAUAGACUGUAAAAUCUACACGUAUAUAAUUUAAAAUUGUACACAUUUUAAACAAAAUGAGUUUCUUCAUUUAUGACCCACAAAUUGCAAAAUUACAUUUCUGAAAAGGCCUUUACUGUAUGUGUGAAAGGAGCUAAAAACAUUAAAGUCUUCAAAUGUUGAAAUUGUUGCAACAAACACAUUUUACAGUAACAUUUUAAAGUUUUGUAAUGUUCAAAUAAAGUAACUAGU